AUGUGCUGUGAAGUUCUAGAAAAUGUUCAAGAUGCUGGGCUAUGCGAUAUGACAAAGCAGGCGUUCACUACGUUAUUGCACGAGGAGGAAAUUUAUGUUGCAAAGGGUAGUGGAUAUGUAUUAGAAUCCAUCGAUGGGCUUUUAUUAACAGUAUACAAAUAUACGCCUAUGGGGGGAACCCCUAACAUUGGCCUGCCCGUUAUCAAUUUUGAUAACGAACGCGAUGACGAUGAUGACGUAAAUGAUCAUAAUACUGAUAACAACCCAGAUAUUCGAAAUAAUAUUACGUUAAACACGCCGAAUAAUAACCGACAAAAUGAAAACGAGAAUCGUGAUGAUACUUUUAACCCUGUAGCUGGCUCAUCUUAUAUUCAGCUCCCUUUUUCAAUCAAAAAUAAACGGGCGACGAUCAAUCCGCAAAAUAAUGAUCAGCAUUGUUUUAAAUGGUCCAUUCUAGCGAGGCACGUGACAGGUCCAAAUAAACAUCGUGUAGGCGAAAAUUAUUUCCGACAUGAAAACAAAUAUAAUUUUACAGGCUUAUCAUUCCCAACACCGUGGAGUGGGGUUAAAAUUUUUGAAAAAUAUAACCCGACAGUCUCUGUAAAUAUUUACGGAGUUAAAAAAAUAUCUCAGUCUUCGUCAAAAAAUCCGAAUCAUCACAUAUUUCCAUUAAAAGUAGUAGAUAAUGAAAAAGCCGAGCAUUUCGACAUCAUUUUAUUCACUGUCGAAGAAAAAAGUCACUACGUAUAUAUAUCUAAUUUUUCACGCUUAAUCCGCUCGCAAAUAACAUUACACGGUCAUUCAGUUUAUGUAGAAAAAACAAUAUCGAAGUUGACGCUGGACGGUUUGAUCACUGUCAACUGA